AUGGGUCCCACGAAACGACCUUCACCGUCCAUGGCCGGAUCCGAUUACCCAGGAUGGGGUGCUCCUCCAGCAAUGGCUAUGAGUCACCAGGGACACGUCCAGAUUCCCUAUGCACACUAUGCCAUGAUUUUUAUCGAUGAGAUGGGAAGACUGCGCGUCGACGAGUCUCCAUCGAUCAAGGCGAAGACACGGACUUUCUUUACCCCAGAAGAUCGCGAGAGGUUCAUGGAGCUGGUCGGUACCAAGGUGCGAGCAAAUUACCAAAGACUUAUGCUCGGGAGACAAAUGAGCUCUGGUCGUCGAGCAAGUAUAAAACAAGACGACAUUGCGCUUGAUGGCAGCUUUGCGUUUGAUUACAGCCCGAAACUGUCCCAAGAGGAGGAAACCGAUAUGCAUAAUAUUUCAUGGGAGGCUGUGCAUCAGGCUAAAAGACGGAGAGGUUCGACGUUAGGGUCAACAUUGGAGGAGCGAUAUGUUGACACCGUUCCCGAUUGCCCGGUCGAAGAGGCACCGGCUUAUCCGACUAUGGACAGAAUGGCACUUGAGAUUGGUGACACGGAAAAGGUGGCUGCGUAUUAUGAGAUGGCAUUGAAGCAUUUCCAGCAACUCAACUGCCGUCAAAUGGCGAAAGCUUUCAUCAAAUUUAUCGAGCCCAGGAAGCAAGUGAAACAUCCUUACAACGGCGGUAGACCGCCUCCAGGUGCUCAACCUGGCGAGAAAGGUGAUCCAGAAAAGACGAAGCCUGAAUGGUGGCCGUCCGGAGUGGUGCACAAGGAGCCAGAUCACUUGAAAAAAGACCAGCGCCUUCGUCUCCUUAUUCAUAUACUUCGCAAGCUAGGGAAGUACGGAAUCACUUCAGAUAAACUUAAAGAAGUUGCGCAUGAUGCAAAGCGCCAAAUCAAGCCACCGGAACGAAUGGAGAUCCUGGACGAGAUUUUCCGGGUGAGGAAACUGGAGGAGAGAUUCGAGAGAGGAGAAGUCGAUGCCAACGCAGUUGUGUAUGUUAUCAACCGCGACUCUAAUACCAAACUCGACAGAGAUUCAGAUACGGUCAGCGAACCCGACCAGCAGAUAGAUAAUGGAGAUGGAGAAGAUAUCGAAGGGGGCCUCUUGACUCCAAUGUCGUCUGCAGAGCAAGCACGAGGUCCUCUAACAAGUCCUGUCGACCAAAUUACCGUUGCACCACACAGCCAGCCUGUGCAUGUAUCGGAUGAGAGAGGCCGCCUCUUUCAGAUGCCCGCGGCGCCCCUUCAAUUUGAUGAGCAAUCAAGGCACCCUCCUACAUUCCCCUCUCCAACAACACGAAUUAAAAGCGGUUACGCGGACGAAUUCUCUCAGACGGUGUCCAGGACAUCAGCUAGCUCCACGGUGGUUAGUCCUAGCGACCAGACAGGCUUCGAAUACCUAGCACAGACAUCUUUCAACUCCACGACAUCGGAGGAACAGAUGCGCCAACACAACUCAUCGCUCCCACCCCAGCAGCCGCCAACUCAUUUUGAUGCAUGGUCACCAAACUUCCAGCAAAAUAUGUUCAACCCUGUCAAUUACAACGCAACUACAAACCAAGCCCUCCAACAGCACUCUAUGCAAUACCCGCUUGCCAUGUUGCCGACGAGCCAUCCCCAUGAAGUCUCGCCUCAUCUAUCUCAUAUAGGUCACUCUUUGCCGGAUCUACAUGGUGCUCGAGCUCGAGCUCAGUUUGAGACCAUGAGUUUGAACCCACCAGCAUUUCGCACAGGCUCCCUGAGCCACCCACACGUUGUCCAAACCCCUAACGGUGACCAGUCGCACCUGGGCUGA